AGACGAGGUCUAUUUGAACGGUGAAAAGCGGGCUCGCAAACAUUCGAGAGGGAAACAAAGACGGAGUGGACUUCUCGCUACUGGUGGACGCAAAGAAACUGGAAUAAUUUACUUCCCCCCCCCCAUCAGGAUAUUUUGGCAGUCAUAUAAGGUUUCCGUCAUGUCUCACAAACAGAUCUACUACUCUGAUAAAUACGACGAUGACAAAUACGAGUACAGGCAUGUAAUGCUACCCAAAGAAAUUGCAAAACGUGUACCCAAGACCCAUUUGAUGUCGGAGACUGAGUGGAGGAACUUGGGGGUCCAGCAGAGCCAAGGAUGGGUGCAUUACAUGAUCCACCAGCCAGAGCCGCACAUCUUGCUGUUCCGGCGCCCUCUGCCUGGCCAAAAGUCAUAAGGGAGAGCUUCUCUGGGUCCUUGGAAGAUCAGUCCUACUUAUGUCCCACAGAUCAACUCAUCAACAUCGGUAUCAUGCUGUCAGAUUACCAAGCUCUUUUGUGGUAGGUGAUUUGGGCUGAUCGUGUUGGACCUGGAGAGGGACUAUCACAUUUAUGAACAGUGGUUGUGGAGCAUGCGUUGAAGGAAAAAAAAAAAAUCAUCACCCUUCUCUUAGGGAAAAGACUUCUUCAUGUGUUAACAGCGACACGCCGUCUGCCAGAAACCUUCAAAUCAUCUUACACUGUCUUUUUGACUUAAUCUAUCUGUCGAACUUCCUGAACCUGCUUGGAUAUUCCAGCUUUUUAGAACAAUUGUUAUAAGAUGUGGGGAGUGAAACUUGUUCAAACAUUUGAGUAAUUCUAACAGUGCAUUCUGGGUCAAGCCCGGGUCAGAACACAAGCGUGACAGGAUAGUUGGAUCCUAAAUUAAGUUUGACUCUGAAACAUCAAACUGCGGUUUUAAGUGACAUGUUGCUGCUUGGUUUAAAUGACACUGUAAAUUGGCAUUUAACAAUUUUUGUCAUGUGCAUGGAAAGCCGCAUCUAUGAGAGUCACCUAGAAACUAGUUUUGAUCCCUUUUCCAUAAGAGCAUAUUAUAUUAGCUUUGGCCUACUUGAAAACAAAUCUUUUUGAAUUGUCUGAUUUGUACCAGUUAGCUGCUCAGUAUUUAUGAAUGUGUUGCCCUUUCUGAAAUAAAUAAUCUUUUAAAUCUUAUUAGUGUGGACUUGGGUUUUGGCAGUAUUUGGGGUUUACAACUACUGUACGAUUUACAGAGCCACUUGACACAUGAAUAUGCACGUGGGUGGGGGAGGUGGUUGACAGCUUUGAUAGCAGACACUACCCUAAGAAUGCUCUUAUAGAAUAAAUCCGGAUCAUUGACUGAGAUGUUAGAAAGCCAAUUGCAUUUAUUUCGGAUUAUGGUAUUGCAUUAAGGCACUUGUUUUCAUUGUCAAACUUGUUCUGAAUACUUGCAUCCACUUGACAUGUCUGUGUACCUUCUGUCCCUUUUUUUACUAUCUCAUACUGAGCUGCUCUGCUGUCACUGAAGCUAAAAUGUUGCCUUGAAAAGUUUUUCUGUGAAAUUGUGCCUUUUUUGUAAGGUAUUACAUGUGUAGGUAUAGCGCUGUUCUACCUUUCAGAAUGAUUAAAAACAAAAUCAAUAUUGGCAAAGUUA